GGGGGGUUGGCGGAUUAGUGAGGGAAAGAGAAGAAAAGCGAGUGGCCGUUCCUUCACAGCCCCGGAGUCGUGUCUGCUUCCGUGCUGGGGCUUUCGAGAAUCUUGAGGAAGACUUGUAAGCCGUGAAUAAAAAGGUAUUUCAACUGCCCAAGACAACUUCAUACCUAUAUAAUGUAACAGAAAAAGUCAGAAAACAUUAGGCAAAUAGAAGUGUGGAGCAUAUUAAGAAAGAUGAACAUCUCUGGAAGCAAUUGUGGAAGCCCUAGUUCUAUAGAUAUAUCUAAUGACUUCAAGGAACUUUGGACAAAACUAAAAGAGUAUCAUGAUAAAGAAGUACAAGGUUUACAAGUAAAAGUAACAAAACUGAAAAAGGAACGAAUUUUAGAUGCACAGAGACUAGAAGAAUUCUUCACCAAAAAUCAACAGCUGAGAGAACAACAAAAAGUCCUUCAUGAAACCAUUAAAGUUUUAGAAGAUCGAUUAAGAGCAGGAUUAUGUGAUCGCUGUGCAGUAACUGAAGAGCAUAUGCGGAAAAAACAGCAAGAGUUUGAAAAUAUCCGGCAGCAGAAUCUUAAACUUAUCACAGAGCUUAUGAAUGAAAAGAAUACUCUCCAGGAAGAAAAUAAAAAGCUUUCUGAACAGCUGCAACAGAAAAUUGAGAAUGAUCAACAGCAUCAAGCAACUGAUCUUGAAUCUGAGGAAAACGUUAUUCCAGAUUCACCAAUAACAGCCUUUUCCUUUUCUGGCAUUAACCGUCUACGAAGAAAGGAGAACCUCCAUGUCCGAUACAUAGAACACACACACACUGAGCUGGAAGAGUCUGUGUGUACAAACGAACUCAGAAAACUUCCAAAGUCUUCAAUUCAUCCACAGAAUAAACCUAAUGAAAGUGAAAUUCUGGUGGCUGACACUUGUGAUCAGAGUCAAUCCCCAGUGUCUAAAACACAUGGAACAAACCAUUGUCCUACUGAUAAGUCAUCUUUUAAUUUGGCUACAGUUGUUGCUGAAACACUUGGACUUAGUGUUCAAGAAGAAUCUGAAUCUCAGGGUCCCACGAGCCCUCUUGGUGAUGAACUCUAUCAUUGUCUAGAAGAUCACAAGAAACAACCUUUUGAGGAAUCUGUAAGAAACAAUGAAGAUACUUUAAGGUUUUCAGAUUCUAAUUCAAAGACUCCUCAGGAAGAGUUAACUACUCGGGUAUCAUCUCCUGUAUUUGGAGCUACCUCUAAUGUGAAACGCAGUUUAGGUUUGAAUACAAGUUUGUCCCCUUCUCUCUUAGAGACUGGGAAAAAAAACCUUUUGAAAACAGCACCCUUCAACAACACUUCUAAUUCUAGACUAGGAAAAACAACUUCAAAAUCUGAAGAUAGUGCCCUUUUCACACAGCAUAAUCUUGGGUCUGAAGUGAACAAGAUCAUUAGCCUGUCAUCUUCAAAUAAACAGAUGCUUAUAAAUAAAAGUAUAAAUGAACCCAAAAGUGAACAGGAUAGUUUUGAUCACAUUAAAGAUGCUGUCACUGAUAAACAUGCAGUGCCACUGAAAUCACUGGGAGGCAGAACAUCCAAAAGGAAGAAAAUUGAGGAAGAAAGUGAAGAUGAAGGAAGCUACCCUCAGGCCUCUUUUGAUAAAGAAAAUGCUUUUCCUUUUUUACUGGAUAGUCAUUCUUCCGUGAAUGGAGACUAUGUGAUGGAUAAACCUCUGGAUCUGUCUGAUCGAUUUUCAGCUAUUCAACGUCAAGAGAAAAGCCAAGGAAGUGAGACCUCUAAAGUCAGAUUUAGGCAAGUGACUCUCUAUGAGGCCCUGAAGCCCAUUCCCAAGGGCUCUUCCUCAAGCCGAAAGACCUUAAGUGGGAGCUGUAUAUUAACCAGAGAUUCCCCAGAGGAGCCCUGUUUACAGGCAUGCAUCCUCCAGUCCUUGGAUAAAUCAUCUCCAGAUAAUAAAACACCAUUACAAAUCAAGGAAGAAAAUCCCAUCUUUAAAAUCCCUCUACGUCCGCGUGAAAGUUUAGAGACAGACAAUCUUUUUGAUGAUGUGAAGGGAGCUGAUUCUCAUGAGCCAGUAAAAAUAGGCAGGUCAGUCCAUGGAGCAUGUGAACUUACAUCUGUUCUUCAGUUAAAUCCAUGUAGAGUUGCUAAAACAAAGUCUGUACAAAACAGUCAAGAUGUAUCCUUUGAAAAUAACCAGUGGAGCAUAGAUCCAGGAGCAGACCUUUCUCAAUAUAAAAUGGAUAUUACUGUAAUAGAUACAAAGGAUGGCAGUCAGUCACGAUUAGCAGGAGGAGAGACAGUGGACACGGACUGCACAUUGGUUAGUGAAACGGUGCUUCUAAAAAUGAAGAAGCAAGAACAAAAGGGAGAGAAAAGUCCAAAUGGAGAAAGAAAAAUGAAUGAUAGCUUGGAAGAUAUGUUUGAUCGGACAACACAUGAAGAGUAUGAAUCCUGUUUGGCAGAUAGCUUUCCCCAGGCAGCAGCUGAAGAAGAGGAAUUGUCGACUACCACAAAGAAACCAAACACUCAUGGUGAUAAGCAAGAUAAAGUCAAACAGAAAGCAUUUGUGGAGCCAUAUUUUAAAGAUGAUGAAAGAGAGACUAGCUUACAAAAUUUUCCUCAUAUUGAGGUAGUUCGGAAAAAAGAAGAGAGAAGAAAAUUGCUUGGACACACAUGUAAGGAAUGCGAAAUUUAUUAUGCAGAUAUUCCAGCAGAAGAAAGAGAAAAGAAGCUGGCUUCCUGCUCAAGACACCGAUUCCGCUACAUUCCACCCAACACACCAGAGAAUUUCUGGGAAGUUGGUUUUCCUUCCACUCAGACAUGUAUGGAAAGAGGUUACAUUAAGGAAGAUCUUGAUCCUUGUCCUCGUCCCAAAAGACGGCAGCCUUACAAUGCAAUGUUUUCUCCAAAAGGCAAGGAGCAGAAGACAUAG